AUGAAGGAAUUCCCAUCUUGCUUCGGGGAUAAUGGUGUUCAGGUCGUCGAUUUUCGUUCCUCAAACAAUUACAGACCUAAAUUAGGGCAAAAUCUUGUCACCUGCGUCUACCGUUGUCGAUUCCAUGGCAAAAUUUAUUGGAUUAGUGUGACCUGGAGCAAGAACUUGUUGGGGCAAGGGUUUAGCAUUGGGAUCGAUAGUUGUAGCCUCAAAACCCUCUGUAAAUUGGACAUCAAGCCAUGGAUAUUCUCCAGGAAGAAGAAAGGAUCGAAGGUUCUAGAAUCCGACCCGUUCCGAAUCCAAGUGUAUUGGGACGUUUCCUCUGCCAGAUUCGGAUCCGGGCCGGAGCCGUCGGAGGGGUUUUACGUCGCCGUUUUGUUCGACAACCAAACGGUUCUUCUUCUCGGCGACAUGAGGAAAGAAGCCUCGUUUAAAACGGGGUCCGUUAUAACGCCGUUAUCGGCCGCCGUUUUCGUCUCUAAGAGAGAGCAUAUCGUCGGAAAGAAGGUGUUCGCCACCAAGGCGCAGUUUUCCGGCGUGAAUCGCACGCGCCGCCUUGUGAUCGAAUGCGACAGCGGCGCCGCCGUGCCGUGCCUGGCGAUCGCCCUCGACGGGAAGCUGAUCGUGCAGGUGAAGCGGCUCCGGUGGAAGUUCCGGGGAAAUCAUGUUGUUUUGGUGGAUGGAGUUGCAGUUGAGGUGUUUUGGGAUGUUCAUGAUUGGUUGUUUGGUGGGUCUUCGUCGUCGUCGCUGUCGUCGGGAGUGUUUAUGUUUCGGACGAGGGAGCCGGCGGAGGAGCUGUGGCGAGGUUGCAACGAUCCUCGCGUUUUGCGGUGGUCGUGGUCGCAGAGAUUUGAUGACGCGGAGUUGGAGGGCGGCGGGUUUUCGUUGGUUUUGUAUGCGUGGAAGAGUACACUUGGUUGUUUUCUAAUUGGAGCAGAUGAAGAGGAGGAUGCUUAUGUAGUGGUGAUUUCUAGGGGGUUGUUUUUUGAUGGUGAUAAAGGAAACUUGGUAAUAGAUUCGAUGCGUGGGUGA